AUGCCUGCCCGGGUUGCCCGCUCCGCUCCUCCUCGCAAUGGUAAUGGGAAUGGCUUGGAAUAUUCUCGAUCUCGAUCUCACCUCUCUAAUAACGAUCGUGUGGAUCUCUACCACCAAUUUUCCUCCAAAAAGCCUAAACAGACUGUCCACCGUCAGGUUGCAGGCGCGGAAGCUGCUAAGUUGGUCCAUGGACCAGUGGAUAUUGAUUCCUUUCUGGAAAUCGACUGCUUCCCUGGGAUGAAGGUUUGCGGCGUGAAGAACGAGAGAGUGGUCAAUAUUACCGACUUGCUACGCCAAGUCGACCCGACAAUUAUUGGAGCCAACAAACGGUCGGAACGACUGAUGUAUUCACCUCUGGCGAAGGCUCUGAAUGAAAUCGCCAAGAAGGCCGUUACAGGCCGUCCCUUGCCUGUAAAGUUCGACGUUUGUGGAGACCUACGGCCGGCAGAGGAGAUUGGCGGUUUCCGAACUACACCCGACCUAUCCAUCCAACCACGGAGAAAAAGUAAGAACCACGGUUCCUCGAGCGACUACUGGGCUCGCGGAUUGGGCAUAAUAGAGGUGAAAGCCACGGAGCAAGAGGAUCCGUGGUACCAGAGGGUGUCGACAAGCGCGGGAGAACAUGAAUUCACCGAGGUGCAGUUGAAGACGUGGAAUCAGAUCCAGGAAUAUGCCGUCAUGGCGUACCGUGCCGUCUCCCGCUGCUUCCUCCUCGGCAUGGGCUUCUUUGGGGAUGUCGUCCGUUUCUUCCGAUGGGACAGGUCGUCCAUCAUCGUCUCUGAUCCCGUACACUAUAAAGUCGACCCUGCUCCGUUGAUCACGUUCGUCGUCGGCCUCGCCAAGUUUGCCAAUAGCGGGAUCGACAGGACGGCGCAUACGAGUCUCGGUACCAAGGCUGAGCUUGCGCUCGUUCACAGCUGCUACGACGAGGCGGUGCAUCUUGGGAUCCUGUCGGAGUAUACGCCACAUCGCGACGGAGACACCUUAGAUGGCGAGAGUACCCGAAUCGUAGUGGAAUCCCCCCAGAAGCCAGGACUGUAUGAAACUUUCCUGGCCAUCGGACGACCGAUGUUUUAUAGCAGGUCCGUCCGUGGACGCGGAACUCGAGUUUGGCUGGCAAAGAGAGCCAGGCGGUGCGAGGACGGUUUUGUUGUCAUCAAGGACACGUGGCGAAAUGAGAGCCGUUGGACGGAAGGGGAGAUUUAUGGGUCGAUAUACAAGGGGGCGGAGUCUGUUUUUGGCGUGGCCCGCUUCUACCACGACUUUGACGUCCCAGAUCCCGUUUCGAAGGAAAUGCCCUGCUGUACCGCUGCUGCAAGGCUGAACGAGGAAGGGACGGACCUCACCGAGCGCAUCCAUCAUCGUUGCGUCUUGUUAUCGGUCGGUAUUCCGCUCGAUCGCUUCAAAUCGACAAAGCAGCUGCUACACGCUAUUCGAGACGCCGUGGAGGGGCACAGGAACAUGUGUUCCAACGGUGUUCUGCACCGUGAUAUCAGCCCCCAUAACAUCAUGAUCAGUGUAUAUCCGGAAAGGGAAAUGGGCGCCCGAGGAUUCCUCAUAGACCCCGAAUUAGCGGUAGUGGACACCAUGCCUGACCUGGCAACGGAACUACACUAUCUGACGGGCACGCCACCGUUCAUGGCUAUUGAUCGCUGGGUUGACGAUGAAGCGGACCAUGAAGAAUGGCAUGAUUUAGAGUCGUUCUUCUGGGUCUUAGUCUUUGUUGUUAUCCGCCACACUCCGUGCUACAUCACCCAGAAGCGGGUUGACAAGCCAGCUGUCGAGUUUCUCCCUUCUCUAUACGACACGUACCCAUCCGAUCGCAACAAGAAGACCUUCCUUACUGACGAUGCGCCUAACCUUACUGUUGUCAAUAAUCCUCCGUUGACUGCUUGCAUCAAGAAGCUUGCUUCCAUUGUUUACUCCCACUAUUAUCCCGCUCAAGUCAAGCAGGACCUCCUUCCCGGGAAACUGAACCAACUCACCCACGCCAAGGUCAUCGCCACGCUCGAUGAGUUUUUGAAAUCCGCUGAAUGGCCAUCCGAGGUUGACGAUGCAGCCGUGCCUUUUGAGCAACUAGAGCGACACAGUGUUCAGCAGAAGCAAGAGGUCGCAGCAGCUUUAAAUGCUGCGCGCCUCAAAGCGGAGUCUGGCAGAAGCUCAAGGAUCUCCCGGACUUCCAAGUCAGCCCAAGUGGCCAAGCAAGGGCAACAGGAUCGUCGCACGAACCAGUUGAAGCCGAAUGCAAGGAACGCGUCGGCUGGACCUGCUGCCCGGGGUAUUAAGCAUAUAUCAGCAGCACCGCCUCCCAAAGCUCCACAGCAUGUCGCCUGGCAUUUAGCGACUGCACACAGGACGCGCAAGAGGAAGGGAUCGUCGGUCGAGAAAGAACCUGCCGAUGAAGAGUCGGCGCUAAAACGCUCGCGGCACACGGCCGCAGUGGCAACGAGGACGCCCGUCGCGAAAAACACGCGGAGUGCUGCUCGUCGGAAUCACGCCGUGUCAUCGUAUCAAGGGACUACUCGGAUUGUGACGCGUUCGCAGACGCGCCGCGCUCAACAACGCUCAGGCUGA